GUCACAUCGCUGAUCUUUAUCACGCGCGCUGUCAUCUCCAACCAUCACACUUGGCAUGAAGAGCAAGGUUGAACGAGUCGCAGACAACAGUGCGUGCUGGCCUAGGGAGCGUUAACCGAAUUCAGGAUGUCGGCACACGAAGACCGUAAGAGCACCCUGCACGGCACUGGAGACAUGAUACUCGAUUUGGUGUGCGACCUGGCGACGCCUCGACAGUGUACCAAGUGGCUGCGGGUUACUCUCGAGCGCGCGGCAGGUGCAGGAAACGCUCCCUGGGGCUGCGGUGGUCGUACUCUGAUGCACGCGGGUGCCGAAGGCGGAAGCGAGCAAGUAGUAUCAAUGCUGAUGAGGGCAAGCGCCGGGAAAUACAUCAACGAUCAAGCACCACUUUCCGUUCUUGCGCCGCUUCACCUUGCGGUUAGUGGCGGGAAGUUGGCUGCUACGAAAGUGCUCGUGCUGCCUGGGGCGGACGUGAACAAGCUCGAUGCCGGAGGCGUUGCUCCCCUUCAUCUCGCCCUCCAACACGGUCACGCGGAGCUUGCUCAGGUGCUUGUGGUCGGCGGAGCCGAUGCCGACAAGCAACUCCGCAAUGGCAACUAUCCCAUCGCUGCCCGCCGUGAGGAAGACGAAGUACUACGUAGUUUGCUGCACAAGGGGGCGAAGGUAGAUCGCCGCGGUUUCGCAGGGAACACCCCGUUAUGUAAUGCACUGGACGUCGGUCACAUCUCCACUGUACACGUUCUCUUGGCUGGGGGUGCCUCUGUAAGUUUAAAGAAAUGGCGGCUUGGCUCCAAUUCACGUAGCCGUGGGGUUUAACAAUCCGGACGCCAUCAUUGCGCUCGCCAGGGCUGGGGCCGACAUCGAAGACUCACAUCGCCGGGAGACCACCCCUCUAUGUGUG